CUCACCACCUCCCAGAUCCUCGCGAAAGUUCUCCCCUCCGGCGGUGGGGAUGCCGAGAACCUCUAGCGCAUCCUCUGUAUGCUCACUAGCUAUGGUGUGUUCGUGGAGGUACUGCAUGAUACUGACCGUGCAGAGAGAAAAUACUCACUAACUGAGAUCGGGAAGAUGCUCAUCAUUGACGCGACGGUCUUUCCUGCGGGUCUUACGUGCUCCAGCACCUCCAGGACGAGCUAAUGAAAGCAUGGCCAUUGGUUCAUGAGGCGGUGGUGGAUCCGACAUCAAAACCAUUCGUGAAGGUGAACGGUGAGCCGGCGUACACUUACUACGGAAAAAGGCCGGAGAUGACUGGGUUGAUGCAGAAGGCUAUGUCGGGAGUCUCCAUGCCUUUCAUGAAAGCAAUGCUAGAAGCCUACAGUGGGUUUGAUGGGAUCCAGCGCCUGGUUGACGUCGGCGACAGUACCGGGCAUUGCCUGAGGAUGAUUUGUCCAGGUGGCUUGUCCAUCUUAGCAUAAAAAAUGCCACAUCAGACGCAAAAAAGGGGUGGGUUAAUGGACUGUUAAAAGCUAACGGAAGAAUGGUGCUAGGGGGUGAUUUGCCACUGAAAGUGAGUUGAGGGGGUGAUUUGCCACCAGUAGGUGAGUUAAGGGGGUGAUCUGCACCUUUU